CCUUCUUUAUCAUCAUUUUCUUCUUUAUUUCAAUUCAAUGUCGGAUCGAGUUCACGAAAAUAUAAAAUUCCGUUAGCCUCAUAAGUCAUAAAGCAUGAGGAUGACUUGAACUUCCAGCUGUUGUGUUUCUUCACUAAACCUUCAUUGCAGAAAAAAAUGGGAAAUGCACGGAUGAUAGCACUUUACAUCACUAUAUCCCUCAUUGCUUUUGCUUUGUCCAAGAUUAUCAUUUCUGUUCUCCUUUACAAGAGAUGGAAACGAAAGCAGAUUGUUUAUGAACAAGGUCUCACAGGUGUGAAAAUGGUGAUCUUUAAGUCUCCAGUCUUGCAGUCUUUGACAUCAGAGGAGUUUUUGAAGAAGACAUUGAAACUAAGCAGCAAAGACAUAAUUGGUUCGGGUGGAUGUGGCACAGUUUACAGAUUAAUGAUUAAUGACUCAACAGCUUUCGCUGUAAAGAGACUAAACAGGGGAAAUGCAGACAGAGGAUUUGAGAGAGAAUUGGAAGCAAUGGGAGACAUAAAACACCGAAACAUUUUAACUCUUCAUGGAUACUUUACUGCUCCUCAUUAUAAUCUUCUCAUAUAUGAGCUAAUGCCUAAUGGAAGUUUGUAUAAUUUUCUACAUGGGGAACUAAAGGCUGAGAGGAUUUUGGAUUGGCCAGCAAGAUCUAAAAUAGCAUUAGGAGCUGCAAGAGGAAUAUCAUACCUUCAUCAUGACUGCAUCCCUCACAUAAUCCAUAGAGACAUCAAGUCAAGCAAUAUCUUGUUGGAUCAAAACAUGGAGGCUCAAGUGUCAGAUUUUGGAAUUGCCACAUUGAUGGAACCAGACAAGACCCAUGUUUCAACAGCUGUAGCUGGAACCUUUGGUUACUUGGCUCCAGAAUACUUUGAUACAGGAAGGGCUACGACUAAAGGGGAUGUUUAUAGCUUUGGAGUGGUUUUGCUAGAGCUUUUAACAGGAAAGAAACCAAUGGAUGAAGCAUUCCUAGAGGAGGGAACCAAACUUGUAACUUGGGUGAAAGCAGUUAUUGAAGACAAGAAGGAAGAGCAUGUAGCUGAUAGCAACAUGAGGUGCUGUCCCAUUGAUGAGAUAAACAAUGUAUUCAGUAUUGCAUUAAUGUGUCUUGAAACAGAACCCGCUAACAGGCCUACCAUGGCUGAGGUUGUGAAGAUGCUAGAGCAGACCAGGUCAAAGAAAGUUGUAAUUGAUUCAUAAUUUUUCAUUACUGCUAGCUAUCUUUCUAUCACAAUGUUCUCAAGUCACAGGUGCACAUAUAAUGCAUUUAUUUUUUGUCAAAUGUGAUGAUGAAUUAAAGGAGAGAAGAUAAUCCACUUAUUUUGCCUAAAUUCCUCACCAUUAACUAGAAUCAACCCUCUCGGCUAUAAAAAAGUACAGAGUUUGCAGCAAUGUCUACUAAAGCACUUCUCUAUCUUUUUCUCCUUCUCCUGUCCAUCUCUUCAGGAGGAAUUUUUGUCAUGGUGGAAGGACAGGUAACAUGAAAUGAAAUUCCUUAAAUACA